AUGGCACUCAACACUCAAGAGAUAACCCUAAAACCGAAUGACCUUGUUAUUGCGGUUAUGGGAGUCACGGGCGUGGGGAAGAGCACAUUUAUUUCAUACUUUAACUCAGAUGCAACCACCGGUGAUAGUUUGAUCUCUUGCACCACUACCGUCGGGGUGUAUCCCGCCACGAUCGACUCCCAGGACAUUUAUCUCGUUGAUACCCCCGGCUUUGACGAUUCAUUGCGUCCCGAUACCGAAAUUCUACGAGAAGUGGCGGAUUGGUUGAAUCAGACCAACCAGGCCAACAUCAAGCUUGCAGGUAUUGUCUACCUCCAUCGAAUCUGUGAUACCCGCAUGUCCGGCGCAAGUGCGAAGAGCUUGCGGCUGUUUAAGAAGGUCUGUGGAGAGCAAGGCCUUCCCUGUGUCGUUCUUGCUACGACAAUGUGGCACCAACCGCCCACCGACCUAGAGGUGGCACGAGAGCAGGAACUGAGCUCCAAGGAAGGGUUUUGGAAAGAGAUGGUGGAGAAGGGUAGCGAGAUCCGGCGCCAAGAUGAUGGGAAAGUCUCGGCAACCAACAUUAUUGAAUAUAUUUUGAAGCGGCGACACCAAAUCACGUUACAGAUUCAGGAUGAAAUGGCAGAGGGCAAGAAGCUAGACGAGACGGCGGCCGGUCGGGAAGUAGACGCCGACAUCGUGAAGUUGAAGAAGCACUACGAGAAGGAGCUGGCUGACUUGCGAAGAGAAUUGCGCGAGGCGCAGGAUAGAAACGAUGUGCGGACUCAGAAGCAGAUCAUGGCGGAGCGGGCUGAAACAGAAAGGAAAUUACAGGAACAGGAACGGAAGCGAGAUCAGCUUCGAGUAAGCAUGGAAGAGCUUCGGAGACAACGAGAUGAGGAGAUGCGUGAGCACCGAGAGAUGGCGUUACAGCAACAGUUGGAUCACCAGCGAGCAGUUUUGAAGCAAGAGAGCGACCUUCACGAGCUGAGACUUCGCAAUGAGUAUGAAACAAAGUUGGUCCAACAGGCCUAUACAGGUCAGAUCACUCGGCUCGAGGAAGAGCUGGAAAUGCUGAAGUCGCGAAAGGAAAGGCGUGGAUGUGUGGUCAUGUAA